AUGGGAGCUGUUUGUCUUGCGCGGCUCGUGUGUUUGUUUUUGCUCCUGUUAAAUAGUCGCCAAAUCUCUGCCCUUCUCCAGCACGCCGAUGUGGACCAAUGUGCUGAGGGGAGCGAUUCCUGUCACAUCGAUGCUAUUUGUCAAAACACAGCAACCUCGUAUAAGUGCACAUGUAGAUCUGGCUUUAAAGGUGAUGGGACACACUGCGAAGACAUUGAUGAAUGUGAUUCCGAAUUUAAUGGUGGCUGUGUACAUGAAUGUAACAAUAUACCGGGCAAUUACCGCUGUACUUGCUACGAUGGAUUUCAUUUAGCCCAUGAUGGGCACAACUGCCUUGAUGUGGAUGAAUGUCUUUAUAACAAUGGUGGCUGUCAGCAUGUAUGUGUCAACACCAUGGGUAGUUACGAAUGCCGCUGCAAAGAUGGCUUCUUCUUAAGUGACAAUCAGCACACAUGCAUCCAUCGCUCUGUGGAAGGUCUGAGCUGUAUGAAUAAAGAGCACGGCUGCGCUCAUAUCUGCAGGGAGACACCCAAAGGUGGAGUGUCCUGUGAGUGCCGACCAGGCUUUGAGCUGGCCAAGAAUCAGCGGGGCUGCAUUUUGACCUGUAUUCAUGGCAAUGGGGGGUGCCAACACAUCUGCGAAGACACAGAGCAAGGACCAGUGUGCAGGUGUCAUGCCAGAUACACACUUCAGGCAGAUGGUCGCUCUUGUGUAGAAAGAGACGAAGUUGCCAACACCAGCUCUGAUCACAAUGCCACUUCACUUUUUGCUGAGGUGGAUAAGCGUGUCAAGAGGCGACUACUCAUGGAAACUUGUGCUGUGAACAAUGGUGGAUGUGACAGUAUGUGCAAGGACACGUCUACAGGUGUCCGCUGCAGCUGUCCAGUAGGAUUCACCCUUCAACCUGAUGGCAAGAGCUGCAAAGACAUAGAUGAAUGUGAAGUACACAAUGGUGGCUGUGACCACUUCUGCAGAAACACCAUCGGCAGCUUCGAGUGUAACUGUCGCAAGGGAUUCAAACUGCUGACAGAUGAGCGCUCAUGCCAAGAUAUUGAUGAGUGCUACUUUGAGAGGACAUGUGACCACACUUGUCUGAAUUCCCCGGGAAGCUUUCAGUGUGUGUGCAGCAAGGGCUACACUCUCUAUGGGCUGACACGCUGUGGAGACAUUAAUGAAUGCAGUGUGAACAAUGGAGGCUGUGGGCACAUCUGUGAAAAUACUGUUGGUGGUUUCCAGUGUCAUUGCCAUCCUGGUUACAAAUUACAUUGGAACAAAAAAGACUGCAUUGAAGCAGAUGGUUCUUCAACACAGGCAGUCCCAGCCAAACCAACACUAAAUUGUAGCAAACAUGGGGGGGCUGAGCACUGCUUUCUGACCUGCCAGUCCCAAGUUAACAUCAGCAAUGGGGCCGAAGAUUCUUACACAGUGACCUGUGGCUUGCCCCUGUCAGGACAGUGGGAUGACAGUGGGCCUCACUGCCAAGCAUUAGAAUCGUCAUGCACUCAGAGGAUCAAAACCAUAGCCACUUUUAAAUCUGGCCAGGGGAAGUGCGGACUGAAACGGAGUCAGGAAAAACUCACUGAGAGCUUAAACAUGGCUCUGUCAGACAAGGAUGCUUUGCCUACAGAAAAUGUGCAGUUCAGCUUUGUAAGGCUGCACUGCACCUCCUCAGGCUACCGACCGAGAAGCCGUCAUGGGCGUAAGGCAGUGGAGGACGAGGGCUCCUCUAUUACAGCCCUGUUUGAGCUGGAUGUAAACCCAGAGGAGGUAACAGCAGAGGGCUGUGACCUUGCAUGCAUGAGGCGGCGCUCAGAAAAGCGAUUACGGAAGACCAUUCGUACUCUUCGCAAGUCCAUCAAUAAAGAGCAGUUCCAUCUGCACUUUGCUGGCUCAGAGUAUGAACUGGCCAAAAAACUGGCACGGCCUGCUGAUGGCCCUGAACAUUGCAGCCCAGGGCAUGUGCUAUUCAAUAAGAAAUGUGUGAGCUGCAGCGUUGGAACCUACCAUGACAUUGAGCAGGGGAGGUGUAUUCCCUGCCCUGCUGGAACAUACCAAGAUGAGGAAGGGCAGGUAAUAUGUGAGGUUUGCCCGGGACUAAAGGGCAGGGUCACCCCAAGAACCACAGGAGCCCGGAGUGUUACUGAAUGUGGAGGACAAUGUUCUCCUGGACACUUUUCUCAUGAUGGCUUUUUGCCAUGUCGGCCCUGUCCUAGAGGCACCUACCAGCCAGAAAGGGGGCGCACUUCCUGCUUCCAUUGUGGGGGGAAUCUGAUAACAAAGCAUGAUGGUGCAGUGUCCUUCCAGGCCUGUGAGACAAAAGUGCAAUGUUCUCCAGGGCACUACUACAACACCAGCACUCACCGCUGCAUCCGCUGCCCGCUGGGAACCUACCAGGUAGAGUUUGGACAAAACUUCUGUGUGACCUGCCCUGGAAACACUACCACUGACUUUGAUGGUUCGACCAACAUCACACAGUGCAAAAACAGGCACUGUGGAGGAGAAUUGGGGGAUUUCACUGGGUACAUUGAGUCACCUAAUUACCCUGGAGACUACCCAGCCAAUGUUGAGUGUACAUGGAUCAUCAAUCCACCACCCAAACGCAGGAUCCUGAUCAUUGUACCUGAGAUCUUUAUUCCCAUAGAGGACGAGUGUGGGGACUACUUGGUCAUGCGCAAGAGCUCUCUACCCAAUUCAGUGACAACAUACGAGACAUGUCAGACAUAUGAGCGGCCCAUUGCUUUUACCUCACGCUCUAAGAAGCUAUGGAUCCAGUUCAGGUCCAAUGAAGGCAACAGUGGAAAAGGCUUUCAAGUGCCCUAUGUAACAUAUGAUGAGGACUACCAGGAGCUCAUUGAAGACAUAGUAAGGGAUGGAAGAUUGUAUGCCUCAGAAAAUCAUCAGGAAAUUUUAAAGGACAAGAAGCUCAUGAAGUGUCUCUUCGACGUUCUUGCUCAUCCCCAAAACUUCUUUAACUACAGUGCACAAGAGUCAAGAGAGAUGUUUCCUAAAUCGUUUAUCCGAUUUCUGCGCUCCAAAGUUCUUCGAUUUUUACGCCCCUAGGUUAAAAAAGCAGAGAACACCUUGGAUUAAUGACAGUUGGAACUUGGAACCUACAGCCAUUAACUAUAGGACCUAUACAAAACGGCAGGGCUGUUGAAAUACUGUAGGCCAACGUUGAUGUUAAAA